UUACUUAGUAUACGCUUUGCUUCAUAUACAAGUGCUGUUUGAAUAUCAGAGAAAAUGAAGAUGUUGUUUGUAUUUGCUGCUUUAACUGUAAUAGCAGUAUGUCAACCAGUCCUUUGUUUCGACUCAGUAAUCUUUACGAAUGCUCCCUGUGUUUUCAGUAUAUGGGCUGAAUCACCUGUUGAAUCUAGUUUAGAUAGACUUCAAGCUCACAGCAUGACUGGGAAAGCUGUGAAGUACUCCAUCGUGAGUGGUGACUCAGCAUACUUCAACUUGGAUCCUACAACCGGCGAAAUCACUGUUGCUCAAUCCUUACCAAAAGACGUAGAAUCACUCGAGUUUGAAGCUCAGGCUGCAACUACAAAUGCCCAAGCCAGAGCUCGCGUAACUAUCUAUUGUAUCAAGAUAUAACAAGGAAAUAAAUGCUUGAAUUGAAAUGUA